AUGAAGUUCCCCCUCGUGCUCGAAGGCUCAUGCCACGGCUUCACCACCAAAGAAACGUGCAUGAAGAACCAUUGCGCGUGGUGCGUUUGCGCUGCCGUUCCGUCGUCCUGCUACUCGCCCGAGGAGGCGGAUCAGCUGCCCCCCGCUAUCUUCCAAUGCGACAAAGGGCAGCAUCUUCAGUCCUGGGACCUAACGACGGUUCCGUCGACGUCUUUGGAGCUUAACAGCCUCUUCGAAGCCUGGAAGGGUCUUCACGGCAAGAGCUACGACUCCCCCAUCCAGAACGAGCUCCGUCGCGGUAUCUUCGAAGUGAAUGCGCGCUCUGUGGCCGCUCACAAUAGUAAGAACCAUAAGAGCUUCGUUAUGGAGCUCAACGAGUUCGCAGACACGACGUGGGACGAGUUCCAGAGCUGGUACUUGGGUGCGCCACAGGAAUGUUCGGCCACUGAGACCACCGACGUGGUGUACGGUGAAGUGCCUGUCCAGAAGGACUGGAGAGCUGACGGAGCAGUGUCACCCGUCAAGAACCAGGGCAAGUGCGGCUCGUGCUGGACAUUCUCCACCACGGGAUGUCUAGAGAGCCACGUCAAGCUCAAACACGGCGAGUUUACCAUCCUAUCCGAGCAGAACUUACUGGACUGUGCGCAGAACUUUGACAACCAUGGAUGCAACGGUGGACUGCCGUCGCACGCCUUCGAGUACAUUAAGUACAACGGCGGCUUGGACACCGAAGAAACAUACCCAUAUGAAGCCAAGGAAGGGAAAUGCAAGUUCAACACCUACCACGUUGGUGUUCAGGUGGACCAAGUGGUGAACAUCACGACUCGUAACGAGAACGAGCUGAGGGCCGCUGUGGGGUCCACUGGGCCAGUGAGUAUUGCGUUCCAAGUGGUGUCGGACUUCCGCUUCUACGAGUCCGGAGUAUACGAGUCGAAGGAAUGUCGCUCCGACGAGAAGGACGUGAACCACGCUGUGUUGGCGGUGGGAUAUGGCGUGGAAGACGGUAAGGAUCACUGGAUCGUCAAGAACAGCUGGGGCUCUCAGUGGGGCAUGGACGGCUUCUUCCAGAUCGCUCGUGGCAGCAACAUGUGCGGCGUCGCAGUCUGCGCCUCGUACCCCGUUGUGGUGUAA